AUGGCCAACGAAUUGCCUGAAGAAUUGGUGACAGAGAUCCUGCUAUACCUUCCCGUCGUCUCUCUCUUGCGAUUUAAUUGCGUCUGCAAAUCCUGGUACGCUCUCAUUACUCACCAAAACUUCAUCAGAAAACACCUUCUACACAAUAAGAACAACAGCACCCUACUCCUUCUCUGGGAAGACGAAACUUCCGAAGAUGAUGCUGUAUCCACGCUUUCUUGUGAAACACUCCAAUUAUCCCUUACACAACCUCUACCUCUACGGUUUACUGAGGUCACUUCUAUCGUGGGUUCUUGCGAUGGUAUUGUUUGUCUCAGCGAUGACGAUGCAUUGAAUGUUGUCAUAUGGAACCCUGCAACUAAAGAAACAAAGGUUGUACCCAAAUCAAGCCUGUCCCGCUUCUCCUAUGAUUAUCACAUCAAGUCUGGUAUCGGAUUUGGUUUUGAUGCCAAAACUAGUGACUACUUGAUAAUUAAGUUUUUUAGUCUCUUUGAUUCCAACGAAAGUGAUUAUUAUGAAGGCCAUGUCCCCUGUUAUACAAUAAGUGAGGUAUAUAGCUUAAGUGCCGAUUCUUGGAGAAAAGUUGAUAGCCGCCCAGGUUUAAUUGAUAUUAGAGCUAUGGAUACAUACAUCAAUGAGAUGGCUUCUUGGGAGGCAUUUGAUGAUGAUUGGGAGGGGGUUUUGUCAUUUGCCAUGAGCGGCGAGGUAUUUCUUAAAACACCGCUGCCAGAUGAUGUUUUGAAUGGUCGUGGUUGGAGAAACGUUUUUGUGUUUUUGUGUUGA